CAUUGAUCACCGUACCGGUGACCGUGAGGACAGUGUGGGAGUGACUGUGUGGUGCAGCAGACUGGCGAGGCUGGCAGAAGGGAAACAGUGUGGUGUGGUGAAGCCUAGGACCAUAGUCACUGUCAACACCACCACCACUACAAGCCAUCAUCACCACCGUCUCCAUGCACCACUGUCCCUCCCCCACCCACCAUCACCACCACUACCAUCACCACACCAACUCCACCCCUUCCACUGCACUCAUGGCCUCCAUAGCUGCCGCCUCCACCUCCACUCACAGGGAAACGGAGUGUGAAGAGCCAUCAUGUACUAUAAGGUGUUCGUGCUGUGGGAUGCUGCGGUACCUACUGGUGGUGCUCGGCUUGCUGGGAUGCUGUUUAGACUAUAUGCUUCGCUUCAACAUCAGCGUCGCUAUCGUGUCAAUGGUCAACACGACACAUACCCAGGAUGUAAACACCACCAGCUACAAGUGUCCCGCCGCCAUCAAUGCAUCAAGCGCUGCCCAGAAAACAACGGGCGGUGGGGAGUACGACUGGACGGACCGGGAGCAAGGCCUCAUGCUGGGGGUGUUCUUCUGGGGUUACCUGGUCACCAAGACGAUAGGUGGUCGCAUCGCCGAGCUGGUGGGUCCUCACCUGACCGUCACCGUGUCGAUUAGUUUGUGUGGGGUCCUGACACUCCUGACGCCCACCGUGGCUGAUCUCAGCCCCUACGCGCUUGCUGCUCUUCGUCUCCUGAUGGGGGUGUUGCAAGGACCUAUUUUCCCUGCCCUCUACUGUAUAAUAUCGAGAUGGGCCCCUGCCGGCGAGGUAGCUACGAUGAUUGCUGCGACUUAUUCGGGCAUGGUUAUAGGGGCACUGCUGUCCUUGGGGUUCUCCGGCAUGGUGGUCCAAGCCGUCGGGUGGCGCUGGGUCUUCUGGGGCGGCGGGAUCGUGACGCUGGUGUGGGUGCCCUUCUGGGUGAUCUAUGUGAAGGACAGCCCGGCGCAGCAUCCAGGGAUAUCACGCCGGGAGCUGAGUCUUUUGUCCGAAAACCAUAACGAGCCAAGGAAAAGGGUGCCUUGGAGUCGCAUCUUUGCGUCGAGACACGUGUACCUGUUUGCACUGAUGGAGUUCAUCGGUGUGUGGGCCCAGGGCAUUUUAAUUACGGAGGGACCCACCUUUCUGACCACACAGCUCGGCCUUCACCUGGAUGUGGCGGGGAUGGUGGGCCUUGUGCUAACGGGGUGUGCCUUCGUCAUGUCCCUCGUGUAUGGCUGGCUCUCGGACCUGAUCAAGAGGAGGGAGUGGCUGCGGACCGUCAACAUACGCCGACUCAUGCAAGGGAUUGGGCUUACGGUGACGACGGUGGGCACGGUGGGUAUCCUGCUGGCUCCCUGCGACGCCCCGCUCGUGUCUGCCUCCCUGGUCAUGAUGAGCAUGGCAAUCCCCGUCAGCGUGGCCACCUACAUCCUCGGCCCCAUGGACAUCGCUCCGAACUAUGCUGGUACGAUGAGCGGAAUGUACGGUGUUGGCAACAUUGCUGGCUUCCUGUCGCCUAUGUUUGUGUCUUACUUCAUCAGCAAGGAGAACGGCUGGACCAUCAUUUACCUCACCAACAUGGGCCUGUACGCCACGGGCAGCCUCCUGUACAUCAUCGGCGUGUCUGCCUCGGAAGCAGAGUGGAAUCUAUACGAAGAGAUUCCAGGCGACAACCACUCGACUCCGGAGAAAAAGAGACUGAAUGGGAAGGCGAUGUGAUUGAUGGUCAGCGCGCGGACGUGAUCUUGACCCAGAUUCAGUCCCACCGCAAGCAGCUGACAAUUUUCAACCAUUGCCGAGAUUAUCCACAUGCUGUACAGAUCUUCAAACAACCCAAGCUUCACUGAGGUCACGAGGAGCACAGGGGACACUUAAAAUAUAAUUUGCUCGCCCCACUACCGGGAUGGGGCAGACCAACAGGACCCUCAAGAGACUUCAAUAAACACCCUUUCUUCAUGCAUUCCACCUUUAUUUGAUGACUGACCAAAACAGUGAUGCAAAUAACGCUAAUCUGUAACCUUCUCUAUCUGAGAUUGCACAAGUUUUUCACCAUUACACCAUUACUGAGCAAAUAGUGGUUUGUUUUCAAUAUAAACUUGAAAAGACAAAUGCCGUCAAUACACUUCCACAAAUACGUGUGAUAAAAUCAUAACAAUUUUAUGCAUGGUCGAGACGAGAUAAGACGAAACUAAACUUCAUUUUGUUUGUCCAACUGACCUUCCUUUGUAACGUCCUAAUUUGGUUUUCAUUACUUUUUAUAUUGUGUUAGGCUAAACGAAAUUCUCUAAAUAAUUAUUUUGCUUUCGUUAUUUUCUCUAGCAAAUGAAACUCUGCAAAACAUCCUAAUUUUGCACCAUUUUUUUAUUAUCUCAGUUUAAAUAAAUUCUAACUUUCUUCAAGGCAUCAUAACGACUUUAUAAAUGUUUUAAUUUUCUUCAACACCAAAUACAAUAUUCCAACACUUCAUGCGUUGGAUGUAUAA